AUGGCACCUCACUCUGCGGGACCGUCGACUCCCGCCGCAACAAUCACUGCACUCGACGAGAAACUCACAGACGCAGAUACCAAGGCGCCCGCCCGAUUCUUCGACGAGCACCACCUUACCCCAGACAACCUCCCAUACUGGCUCGUGAACGUCCCCCACGCACAGUGGUUAUCUGAAUGCCCGCCCUUUCUAAAAGAUCAACCUCCAAAGAACAUAAAGUGCCUCUCUACGCCGGACUCAAACUACCAAAGACAAAACUGGGAUGUGGUACAAGAGAUAAUCCGGACGAACCGGAUCGAUCGCUUCCAGCGCGUACCCAGUGAUUUACGCAAAUACCUAGAAUAUACAGCGCAUAUCAAGGCGAAGUAUGGAUCUGUUAUGAGAUUCGUGGUUAAGGAAAGACUUGGAUGGGGCGAUGGGGACACAAAAGACUUGAAGCCUCGAGGGGGGCUGUUCCAGUACACCGAAGACAUAUGUACAUUAUACAACGACUGGCCUUACGGUAUUGACACCGACAUUAUUCACCUAGUCGUAUGGACCAAGUUUGAGCUCCCUGAUGAUCCAGCCACUGGAGAACUCACAGCGGAGGCACACCAAGCUAUCGACCAAUACGUCCAGCAGACUUUCUGCUCCCGGGUACCAACCGACCAGGUGGUAUGGUUCAAGAACUGGAAGUCGCUCAAGUCUGUUCACGCUGUUGAACAUUUCCAUGUCAUGCUGCAUCAACCAGAUAUGGCAUUUGUGAAGGAGAUUACUCGUGGAGAUGUCCCGUUGAUCGAAAAAGUGACUACAUAUUGA